GUGAAUUUCUUCCCCUCACACGCAUCCACCUCAACUCCAUUCUUUGACGUAGAAAUAUUCAUUUACUAGGUCAUUUCUCUUCUGCCAGAUUCCGUGUUGGUUAGUCGUUUUCUUUCUUUGCUGGCCGUCCAAACCCCCCUCUGAGUUGCUUCUUAAACCCCGCUGGUCUCUCUAGCGGGAGCUGCAGACACACCCACACCUAACCCACCCACAUCCGACCGACCUACAUUUACUGAUAUGACGACGGUAGAGCUCCAUCCGAUCGCCUAAACCACAGGUCCAUUGACAACCUUGCACUGCAAGUAUUGGGACCGACGAGCUUCACUUAUGGGAAUUUCUAGAUCUCGCCAGCUUCUGCAAUUGUGCUGGGAUUGAGCAGCAAGUAGCAGCAGCAGAGGAGCAGCAGCAGCAGUCGCUCUUGCGCUCUCUGCUUGCACGCCCGCAAACCUGAGCUCACGAUACCUUCCCUCGCCCCGCCGCUUCUGGUACCUCGCUCGCGACCCAAAUGGACCCUUCACCAGCCGAGCUCUCGCGAGAACGUGCGGUCUCCUCAGAGCCUUGCUCAACCCGCCCCAACCCUUUCAAAGACGACGACCCCUCCGCGAGAAAGCGGCAACGGGUCUCGAGAGAAGAAUCACGAAGCCGAUCGGUCGACACGGUCUGCGAAUCCGAAAGUGCUCCCGUCCCUCCUUCUAGUGAAUGCAGCACAAAGGCUGUAGCCGAUCCUGCCCCGCCUCACACUCCAACGCGAAUAUAUCCUCCUGGUCAUCCAACGACCGAGCCAACAUCGAGCAGAGUGACCAUCAAUCUGCGAACAGCCCCUCCUCUCGAAUCCAUCCCCUCCUCUCCGCCUUCUCCUACCACACCCACCACACUUUCCAAGAUGGCCAACGGGGAGGAAGCUGAUCCACGAGCCAGUAUAGAAUCUGAGAGUGAUGCCCUGUCAACCGCUCCAGCAGUCGGGACUCCCACUUCUUCUCCCUCCGUCCCAGGAAGCCCGCCCAUUGAAGUUAUACCACUGAGCGAAGAUGAUGGAGAUUUCGAGGACAGCAGUCCAGCGGUGGCUAUCCUGGAUACUGACAAAGUUCUGGACUUUCCUUUCCUAGAGAGUGGUGAACCACUACCAAACGCCAUUCGCAGAGUAGCAAACUUUCUUCAAUAUGGUUCGUCACUUAUUACGCUGCCUGGAUAUUUGCUAACCAAAACAGAGGAGAUCGCGACGGAUGAAGUAUUUUGCAAGCUUCGGGAUUGGAUGAACGAUAUUGUGAACGAGACUGACUCCUUUCAACUCUACCGACAAUACUGCAAAUACCGAGAAUUCUGGCAGGCUCUCCCUGAUGUGUUUUGGGCACUGAAUUCCCGAAGGUAAGUUCAUCUCAUCCGUCUUCACCACAUCCUCCUUGCUAACUGGGGCUAUUUGAGUAGUCGAUUUUUCGGCGAGUUUCUGCGACGUGAUCCUCACGGUCGUCAAUCACUUUGCGAAAUGUUCUCUCAGUUUGCUCGGCUCGCCGGACGAUUUGUGGCAAUGGACGUCAAAACCUCGUCGCAAAAAGUAGAUAUGGAACAAGAUCCGGACCUAGGCUCGAAACGAAUCCUUGAAGCCUUCGGUUUCUUGCUACGAAAAGAAGAAACCACACAUAUCGGGAAAAAUUUGGAAACGCAUUAUGAAUGGGCUUGGGAUCAAGAUGUUGUGAGAAUGAUGACUUAUUUCAUAAGUGCGGGCGGAACUAUCUCAAAUUUGACAAAACUCGUCGGUGCUCAACUUGCUAUCGUCCCACGAAACCCCAGGGUCAUAGAGAACCUGGUGGAGCCUAGUCGAUUAGCGUUCAGGGCUAUUUCGAGCGCUGCCAAACUUUUGGAAGGUUCAUAUGCGCGAGAAUCUGGUGAGAAUGCGAAGCAAGUAAUCGCCGAUGGUUACAAGUUUUUCAAGCUCAUGUCAUCAGGAUUGGAUACCAUCAUCGACAAACAUGUCACAUACCUCACAACAGAUGCUGCUCAGGCUCACGUACACAGCUUGUUGUACAUCUUCGAACAAGCAAUGAAAUACGAGAAUGACGAAACCCGAGCACUCCUUGAUAAGCGACAAUCGGAGCAUCCUGAGACACCAAGAAAAUAUUUGUCUAUGGUGUUUUCAUACGAAUGGCGAUUUGUCAUUCUGAAAAAACUCAUUACAUCAGCGCAGAUGCAGUUGAGAGUUGUAGGGACUACGACCAUGUGUUCUGACUUACUUCGGGUUUACAAUAUGCCCAGAGCCAAUGAUCCACCUCGCAGCAUUAUGCUAUUGUUCUUGGCCCACUUUGUGCUGAACAACAAGCUCAUCGAAUAUCUCGUUGGUAUUGGGUCGCACCCCGAGAUCAUCAACGAAAGCAGUAACAUCCUAGGCUUCCUAAUUGUAACCAAAACCUACACCCCAGAACUGACCGACUUGAUCUGGCGGACAGUUACAACAAGCCAAGAUCCUCGUGUAGUCGAGGCCAUUCUGCGAAUGAUCAAGCAAUGUAUCAACCUGUACGAUUAUGCUGGCGCUCUGUACAUUAUCAGCAAAGUAGGCCGUCUUCCUAUCGAGGCAUUCAAUACGCCUAUGCGAGAAUUCUGUGAAGUUGUCUUUCAUCAGCUCGCUCAAAAAGCGAUACAGGAGAAUGUCCGAUUUGUUGACGCACUGCCUUACCAGCUAUGUGUUAGACUCAUCCGGGAGUCCUCGAUUAUCAAUUCGGCCCACCCGGCAGGGCUUCCGGACAUUCAAAACUUUGCGGCCUUCAAACUUCGCGAGCUUUUGACACAAGGACCCGAACCCAAGAUCAGAGAGGAGAUAUAUUCUAGUUGUAUCGAGGAAAUCUCUUCCAGACAAGCAUCGGCUCCUGGUAGCAUCUGUGUCCUGUACACCUUCAUUAAGCACCAUCUCCAUGCCGACUUGCGGACCCUGACCACCCAAUCAGGUCUCACACAAAUUCUCAUCGAGGAACUAGAGUACACAAUAGCUGGCAAUCGUGAUUCAUCUGUUAGAAAUACGCCGGCGAGCGUCGCCCGUCGGGAUCUCAUUCUUCUACUUAUUGUUCAUCACCCAGAAACAAUUACAUCGGAUCUUGGUCGGUGUCUCUGGGAUCACUUAGUAGGAAGCGAAUCCAAGAAUAUGGCGGAGCGUGCAGAUUGGUGGAAUGUCAUCAACAACGCAGUGAAACGAUCUCCCAACAAUAAUCCGUAUCUUGUUACUUGCUUCAAAGAACACCUUCCAAAUCUUCCACCUCACUGCUUUACUAUGGGCACGUUGGAGUUUGCUCGUUCCGCGGUCAGAUCUUGGCUGGAGGCAGUCGGGGUUAAUCUUUUGGCUGGUGACACUCGAGCAUUUGAAACCCCUCCUCUCGAGCAAAUAUGGCGCAUGAUAUUAACUGCACCUCCAAACACAAUUGAUGCCGCAGCAAUCACUAUCCUCGUUGAGGUAUACGUUGAUAGCGUUCUCAUCACGUCCAUGCCACGCGCUACUGCGAGAAGUAUACACCUAGUUCUCGUGGAUCGUUGUUUGAAACAACUCUCGGGUGCGGCUUCUCGACUCAAAUCCUUCAGCGAGGGUACAGCGAACGAGCAGGAGGAUGGGAUGGUCAUUGUUCCAUCUGAAGCACAAUUUCAGGAACAGGAGAGAAUCUUUGCAAGAUCUUUAGCUGUACUGAGAGAAUUUCUGAAAGCUUAUCAGCUAAAGCCUCGAUUUGCGACGCCGAAGCCCAAGCUCCCGCCGCCUGCGGUCACUGGUGCACUAGAAGGGGAACCUAUUACUCUCAAAUACCAAUCCUUUGACGGAAACAAUCAUACGGAGGUGAAGAGCUUGACGAUUGGUAGUCUGAAUACUGCUGCGGCUUUGUUUGCCAGUCUUCAAAAGGCGACAGGCUUCCGCAAUUACAAGGUAUUUUGUCAAGGUAAAGAGUUUGAUCCUGACGAGGUUGAGGUUUGCAAAUCCCUUCAGGACCUGAAUGUGAGUGGGCUUGUCUUGGUACAACGCCGCGAUGGCGAAAGAUCAGCGGCGUCAUUUGAUGUCACCAAGACUACACUCGAGCUAGAGAUUAUGAAGCACUUUGAAGAGCUGUGGAGUUACCUGAGUAUGCAAGAGAAGGUUGCUCAAGAGGUACCUCUUCCUUAACCACGCAUGUCUGUGUUUUAACAGCUAACCAUGUCUUGCAGAUUUACCAUUUUCUGAUCAAGUUCCCCGUCUAUGAUCGAAUUUUGAAGGAAUUUGAUGAUGAGAGCAUGCCAUAUACUCAGAUAUUCCCACAAGGCCAGCCAUUCAGAUGUCUUUAUGCAAUUCACGUCCUCCGAGAAUACAUCGCAGGUCAAUCCCAGAAAGUGAGGACAAACCUGCUCUUGGAAUCUGAAAGUUGCUAACUUUGUUUUAGGGUGUCGUAAAUGAAGCAGCAUUGACAAGGGCUGUCUCCUUAAUUGUUGCGGCAAUUUCCGACGAAAAGGUCUUCGAAAACUGCACCGGUGCUGAACUGAAGGAUCGACUUACUCUGCAUUUUAUUGAUUGCUUCAUCCAAUUCUUGAAGGGUGAGCUUUCAUAUUUCAAUGAAUGCAUGAAGUUUGCUAACAUGUCAUAGAACCACUUCUUCCGCCCUCAGUUGCCCCAUAUCUAACGGAUGUUCUACUCAGUCGCCUCCUAACGCUACUUGAAGAGUCAAGAUCCUGCGCAAGCACUCCUCAAUCGGUAAAUCUGACAUGUAGAUUAACUGAAGCGCUUUUGGAAGCAUCACUCCACAAUGCUACUUUCUGGGAGUCAUUGGUAAUCCAUCUGAAUAAUGGCACUCUGCUUCAUGAUUUGGUUAUUGGGGACUCUCGCUCUGUCAUCCGAAAGAGUUUUACAAAGCAGAUUAUGAACAAGUGUACAUAUAGCCCAAGGUAGGGAAUAGCUCUGUCUGAUGUCAGAUCAAUGUCUAACCUUAUACAGCCCUGCUCAAGUUCCUACCACCGGUUUUCUCACAGAGUUCUGGCCAAUGCUAGGUAGACUUAUUCCAAAGGCGGUAGACAAUCCUCGUCAUUGCGAAGAGAUUUUCCUCUUGGCACACGCAUUAUUCAAGAGACUUGUAGAUACCUCGGUUGAUUCCCUUCGCCUUGGUGAUCUGAUGAAAGAAUGGGGAGCUCUGCUGCUACGUCACAAAUGUAUUGAAGUACGUGAACUUUCCGGCCUCUUCAUGUUAAUUGUAUCUGAGCUGAUUAUCGGCAGAGUGUUGGACAUCCUGAAAGUAUUGACAUGGUGGCACAUGGCCUGGCAAAUCUCAUCUUCUCUGCGGCUUCUUUCGCCAAGGCAUCUCAGCAGUCACUGGCAAGCGGGUAACGUACUUCUUCUGCAAUGACCGAUCUUCUGCUAACUAGAUUAGUGCUAUUGGUUGCCAGAUCUUCCGCAAGCAUCUAUUCCCAGAAACGCAUCUCAACUAUCAGCCCAGAUCUGACGAAACCUUGCUGCCUAACAUUCCCCUGCUAAACUCAUUGACUCGGCAGAUUAUGUCAGAAGCAGUCUUCUUGCUUGUCAAAGAUGAUGAGAAGCAAUAUAAGCUCCUCCUUGGAUAUUUACUUGAGCUAGUUUCCUAUGAUGAUCGUGUUCAGGACGGUAAAUCUGGCAUAUCCCCCAAUCUGUUUUAUCAUACGCUUACACAUUCGCCAGGACCGUAUAGCUACGAGUUGAAUUGGCUUCAUGAUAGAAGCAAGUCGAUCCGCUCUGGAAGCGGCUACGUGGGAUUGAGAAAUCUUUCUAAUACCUGCUAUCUCAACUCCUUGUUCACGCAGCUUUUCAUGAACGUCCCUUUCCGCGAAUUUAUGCUGCGGGCGCCAGUCGCUGAUUUGGAGUCUCAGAAACUGCUCAAUCAAACACAGAUUUUGUUCGCCAAUAUGCAGAAUUCUUUGACCAAGGCCGCCGACCCACAAAACCUGGCCGCCUCUAUUCUCACAUACGAGGAGUCGGUAAUUGAUGUGAAUAUUCAAAUGGAUGUCGACGAAUUCUACAACCUUCUCUUUGAUCGAUGGGAAGGCCAGUUCUUGGCGUCGGAGGCGAAGAAGCACUUUCGCUCGUUCUAUGGGGGACAGCUUGUCCAGCAGGUCAAAUCAAAGGAAUGUUCCCAUAUUUCCGAACGACUCGAGAUUUUCUCCGCGAUCCAAUGCGACAUUAAGGGAAAGAGCUCACUGCAGGAGAGUCUUCAGGCUUACGUGGAUGGUGAGGUAAUGGAAGGAGGUAAGGCAUCUGCUUGGACCUGAAAGUUGUUCUCGCUAACAUGUGACCUAGAUAAUAAGUACAAGUGCUCAACGUGUGAUCGACAUGUUGAUGCCGUCAAACGGUAAAGCCAUAUAACAGCACGAAUAUGUUCAAGAGCUAACAAAUUAUGACAGAGCAUGCCUGAAAGAGAUUCCAGACAAUCUAAUCUUCCACCUCAAAAGAUUCGAUUUCAACUUGCGGACCAUGCAACGAAGCAAGAUCAAUGAUCACUUCUCGUUUCCAAACAAGAUUGAUAUGCGUCCUUACAAAGUGGAACAUCUGAUGGAAAGUCCCGAGCAAACUUCCGAGGACGUUUUUGAAUUGGUCGGUGUUCUUGUUCAUGCUGGAACUGCUGAAUCCGGACACUAUUACUCUUUCAUUCGUGAGAGACCAUCCACUAGCGACAACGACAACUGGGUUGAGUUCAACGAUGACAACGUUACCCCUUGGGAUCCAGCCAACAUGGAGAAUGCCACUUUUGGAGGAAUUGAUUAUCGUGGACAACUUGACAACGGUAACAUGACCUACGACAAAAGCUACAGUGCUUAUAUGUUGUUCUACCAGCGUUCAUCGUCUCUCAAAGCCCAAAAGCAAUCUCUAGAAGUUUCAGGAAAGUCUAGUCCAGUUCGAUUGCCGAUACCUUGCGCGCUUUCGAAUCACAUCGCCGUGGAAAAUGAGUUGCUGAUGCGAAAAUAUGCUCUGUACGACCCCUCGCACUUGAAUUUCGUACUAAAGAUGCUGGGUAAUGUUAAGAAGAUCAGCGAGGGAAGUGAACGUUGUUCUGAGAACCACCACUUAGAAAAGCUUGCGCUGAACGCUACUUUUCAUCAUCUUGACCAGGUUGUUACUCGCACUAAAGAGCUUCCCGACUUUACUUCUUACAUGAACGCGAUCCACCAAAUGUGCGAAAGCUGUGCUGAGUGUACCAGAGAUUAUCUCGAAUGGUACUGCAACUACCCCGAGAUUUUGAGGCAGUUGCUUUUCAGAAAUAACGACGGCGUGGUGCGAAGCGAAAUCGCAACGUCUAUUUAUGAAUCCUUGCAAAGAAUCAAGGCAGAUUUGCCAUAUGCUUAUGGACUAUCCGACAUAAUCGAUCUUGAAGAUGAGGUAGACGGUGACUCUGAUCCACAACUACUUCAGAACAUUGUGAAGGGUCUGAACAAUCUUUGGGAUCAAUUCCAUAACAAUUGUCGCGCUUGGCCCGAAUACUUUGGUCUUUUGGCCAGUAUUGCGUCGAUGGGACAAGCCGAAGCGGUCAUCCUGUUGGAUGCGGGAUAUCUUCGCAGAACCCUGGAAAUUGUUAGCGCAGAUAAUAUGUUACCACUAACUACACAACUCCAACGAAUGCUCCUCAUUGUCAACAAGCGACAAAACUCCAGACCCGUUUCGUUCGAGGCUGUCAUCAAGUUACUUCACAGACUGUUGAGAACUUGCGAUCUUUCAGAGGAAGCCAUCGAUGACAAAAACGUCCGCUUUGAUCCCAACAAGCUUGAUGCACGCCCGCCACUAACUCACAUGGAGCGUGAUUAUCUGACGCAGCAUUGGACCCGAAGUAAUGCCCACAUACUUGUGGAAAAGCUCCUGCAGAUUAAUCAAAACUUCAAAUGUAGCCGAGAGAUCAUCAUUGCCCUGAUUCGAUGGCCAGAAGACGACCUAGAUCCAUGCAUUUAUUCUGCAAUUAGUCAUGGGAUCAGAAAAGGAACUACUAACGUGGGACCCUUCCUUGCAGCAGCUCUGUUGUAUUGCGAAUAUACAGAGUCUGAAAACGUGAUCCCGCUGAUUGAACAUGUAGUGAAGGCAACAAGACAGCUUGACACUGCGGAAGGCAGAGAUUUCCUACAAUUUUUCACAGAGGUUGUCCAUAUAUCACCGGCCAAUCGGCGAAUCACUCGCGCUCACAUACUCUCUCUCUGUCUGGAUCUCAUCGGAGAUUGGGCUCCUCGUCUCUUAACUUAUUUCGAUGCCAACGUCCGAAAUGAGACUGUUGUUCUUCUGGGUCGGUUGUUGACCACGCCCUGGGAGAACGAUAGCGCUGGCAAAGCAACUGAGAAUGGAGCAGCCGACGAAAAGGUCCGCCAGGCGGGCCAAAAGCUAGCAUUUGAUUGUCUUGCAUAUUUGGACCACACAUUCUGCAGCAAUGCCCGACAAGCUGUUAGAUCCACCGUGCAGCAAAUACAAACUGCAGUCGAGAACUGUGAGACUUUCUUCGAAGGAGAAGAAGAUGUCGCACUGCGAGACGAAUUUGACGAUCAAAAAUCAAGUACGUUACAAGUCCAUAUUCCCUAAUAAAUCGUCUGUUAUCAGAUUUACUAACGGCACCUUGUCAGAAAUCCUUAAGAGAUUGAGAGAUUGUACCAUCGAGGAAGAAGUUGAUGAGGAGGUUUCUGGUAAUUCUACCCGUUCUGUUCUACUCGGAACUUCUCACUGACUUGAUUUAGAUUGGGCUGGUUCCGACGACGAGUACGGUUCAUCAGAGCCAGUAGACAGCCUAGAACUUUGCGGCCCUUUGAUCGAUGACCCGGAUCAACUUUAGGCUGGAUCUCCAACGACUUUACGACCAUUAAUUAUGCAGAAUUUGUUUCACUGGCGCAUGAAAGCAAGCGAUUUUAAGGGACUUUGAAGGGGAACACAAUACAAUCUCGACGCAUGGUGAAUUUGGCGCAUGGGAAGGGGAGGGGAAGAAAACUCCGGUACCCCCUCUUGUUUUUCUUCGGGAUUUGAUGGAUGAGAUUCGUUUGCCCCGAUGGCAUCAAUCCAAUUAAUGAAGGGUUUGGUUUUUUUUCUUUACAAAAGAUUUCCUGGUUGUUUUAGUGGAUGGAUGGAGAUACACAAUUGGAUUUGGGGCAGCAUUGUUGAGAUGCGACUGAGAUGGGCAGCGAGUGGAGGUUUGGGGUGCUGCUGAGAGCAAAAUAAGGAUGCAAAUUUUGCUUUUCUUCACCUCGACUUGCUGUAUUUCUUGUUAUGCUCGUCAUCUUAGACGGUCAAGGCGUUUAUUCUCUCUCUUUUUCUGAGCAUAUUGCUCUUUGACUCUCCGAAUAAGGCCAGCACAUGCGGGAUGGUCGUUUUCGGGGCCUGUGCAUGGAGAGUGCCAAUUAGGGCUAUGAAUGAAUAUGAAUCAUGU